AUGUUUCUCUUGUCCCAUCGACACCUUCUUGUCUUCGCCCCUCUUAAUAACUUAAAUACUUCCGACGAUAUAAACCACGUGGGGUUCAUUCUCCUUGACCCUUACUCCCCAAAAGAUGCAUCUGCAGCAUGUGAGGCUUUGAAUGAGACGUUGCUCAAAAGUGGCACAAUACAAGACCACACAUCCGAUUUUCUUCUUCCUCUAUCAUACCAAGCAUACCGCGGUCGCGCUUCAUCGUUGCAACUAUACUUAAUUGACGAUGACAUCGUUUCCUACGAUUCAGUUCAUGGGUUGAGCUUCCCGAAGUCUACUCAUGGUUACGCAAAAUUCCACGUUCUUUGUACUCAUUCUAGUAACGAAAGUCAACCUGGAACAGCAAUUGCUACCAAAAAUAACGAAAUUUCCGUAGCCGCUGGAGGAAAUACAUACAUUGGGUUCCGCAACCAAAAAUCAUUCCGCUUUCUCGGCAUACCAUAUGCGAAUCCGCCCGAAAGAUUCGUCUAUUCCACGCCGUACUCACCGACCGGCCGAAUCAUUCAAGCCACGGCGUAUGGAUCACAAUGUGCACAGGCUUCUAGUGGAAGUGAGGACUGUUUGUUUCUCAAUAUCCAAACCCCAUACAUCCCUAAGGUAAGAUCUACGAAGGACUUAAGACCGGUCAUGUUUUGGAUUCAUGGCGGAGGGUUCGUCGCGGGAAGUGGUGCUGACCAGUUGAGCGAUGGAGGUGAUUUGGCUAGUAGAGAGGAUAUUGUUGUAGUCAAUAUCAAUUAUCGGCUCUCAACGUUGGGAUUUCUAGCCAUUCCUGGGACGAAUAUUACCGGAAACUACGGAAUCGGGGAUCAGAUUAAUGCUCUUGAGUGGACGGUGAAGAAUAUUGCUGCUUUUGGGGGAGACCCAAAUCGAAUCACGAUCAUUGGUGAAUCAGCUGGAGCAGGAUCUGUACGUGUUCUUCUAGGCUCGCGGCCAGCAAUUGGAAAAUUCCAAGGAGCAGUGGCAAUGUCAAAUCUCGGUGGAGGUGUAGAUCUUGGACUGUUGGGUGACUAUGCAACCACUUACUCUACAUAUCUCACAAUCCCAGAAUCCUAUGCUCUCGCUGGCCAGAAUAUAUUCUUAGCAUCUGGCUGCAACCAAACAUUGCUAUCCGCCCAGAUUGCCUGCCUCAAAAGUGUCUCUGCUUUACCUUUGGUAGAACUUGGCGUCAAUGCACGAUAUGUUGUCCAGGACGGCUACUUUGUAAACACAGCCGAACUCGAUCUUACCAAUCAUCACGGGAACACGGCCUAUGUGGACGUUAUUUUCGGCGUUACUGCUAAUGAUGGCGCAUCAAUCGGUUCUGUCUACCCUGCGACCCCUGCCAAUUCCGAAGUUGUCGGCAUCUCCGCCUCUCUUGGUAUAUCUCAAUCUUAUGCUCAGUCCAUAAUUGAUAGCGGGCUAUUCCCUUACUAUGACACUGGAAAUAUCACGCUCGACUCCUUUAAUGUGUCACAGCGGGUGGCGACGGAUAAGGAUUUUAGAUGUGUAGAUCAGGCGACUGUGUAUGCGGGCUCUAAAAAUGAUAUUUUUAAGUCGAGUUACUUUUAUGAGAUGCAUCGGACGAUUGCAGGCUAUGACCCCAAAGAACUUGGUGGACCUCCGGCUUCACCUGGCUAUCCGAACGGAAACCCAAGUUUGCCAUAUUUCAAACUUCAUGGAGCUGAUAUGCCGUGGGUCUUUGGAGCUUUCAAUACCGGAUUACAAUUUAGAGAUGCGGAGGAUUUAUGGAGCUUGGAGUUAAGCGUCAGCUACUUUGGAGCAUUUGUAAGAACUGGGAAUCCGAAUCCGGAUGAUGAAUUCUUGAAGAGUAGAGGAUAUAAGACCGUGCAGAGGGGCAUCAAAGAGGCAGGAAAAUGGGAGCAAGUGGGAGUGGGAGGGAGAAAAGGCAGUAUGAUGUUAAUUGAUUGGCCAGGGAAAGCGAAAGGGUUUGCGGACUUGGAGCAAUGCUGUUGGCUGGGAUAUGGAGUCGAUUAUUAUGCUAAUGGUGGGUUUUAG